GUUGGCGCCGUCGAUCCACCGCCACAGCUCUUCAACCCCCCAAAAGUUCUAGCUAUGAUGUGCUUUGAUGUCGAGCUCCUCACAUCCGCUUCAUGCUGUCACGUCGCGUCUUCCGGCGAUUGACGGAUAGUCUACUCCUAGGCUCUUUCUCUAAACCUGCAGCUGGUUUCUCUAUUGUUUCGAAGUACUCUUCGUGCCGUUCACAUUCUCGACCGACUGCUUCUCCAAUAAGACAUGCUUCUUCUUCAUCUUCUACAAGGUGGAAGUCUCGCCAAGGGAAGGACUUCUUUGCUAAGGAAGCGAGAGUGCAAGGUCUGAAGAGCCGAGCUGCAUUCAAGCUUCUUGAGAUGAAUGAAAAGUACAAGCUCUUCAAGCCCGGUCAGACAGUUGUGGAUCUGGGUUUCGCUCCCGGAUCCUGGUCGCAGGUUGCGGUUAAUCGCACAGUCCCUGACGGUCGCGUCGUUGGCAUUGAUAUAAUCCCCACACAACCACCCAAAGGCGUAUCCACGAUACAGGGCAAUUUCCUGUCCCCAGCGAUACAAGCGGAGGUCAGAGCAUAUGUACAAGAUCCAAAUCUUGGACGUCCUCAUAGACAGACUGCAUUGCCGAUCCAGGAAGAGGAUGGGUCCAAGGGACUCACCGAGGCAGAAUCAGAAGAGAUAGAGCGAGGCUAUAUUGACAUUGGGCGACGGGAACACUUGGAAGGAGUAGAGACGGAGUCAAUUGGUCAGCUUGAUGCGGAACGAGACCACCCAGACGGGCGGGAUGGCAAGUUGUCUCGGAAGGAAAGGGAUCGGCGCGAUGGAAGGGUCGUUGAUGUAGUGCUGAGUGACAUGUCCGAACCCUGGGACCAGACAACUGGAUUUCAUAAAAGGAGUCUUAGUGACCCAUAUUUCAGGAUGAUGAAUACAAGCGGGAUCGCGUUUAAGGACCAUGCUGGCAGCAUGGACCUCUGCAUGGCCGCCCUAGAGUUCUCCUUUGACACCCUGCGCGUCGGUGGCCACUUUCUGUGUAAAUUUUACCAAGGAUCGGAAGACAAAGCGCUGGAGACGAAACUCAAGAGACUAUUCUCGAAAGUGCAUCGGGAAAAGCCAGACUCAUCUAGAAGUGAGUCUAAAGAGGCCUACUUUGUAGCCCUGCGCCGGAAGGAGAAUCAAACCCGAGAGGAAGUGUUUCGGGAGUGACUUGCGUAUAUUCUACUCCUUGUACAUCAUUAAUGC